UCCCCAGUCCCCCCAGUUUCCCCAGUCCACCCAGUAUCCCGCAAUCCCCUCAGCAACCCCCAGUUCUCACAGAACAGCCCAAUUCCCCAUUGUCUCCAUUAUCCCAGAACCCCCCGCGAUUGCUGAGUUGCGGGAGGAGGGGCGAGAGGAUGAGACCCCCCAGAUAUCAGCGUUCCUCCAUGGGGGGAGUGCGAGGGCCUAUGGGGUGGGACGAGGGCAGUGACAUCAUGUCACUGGGUGUGUGACCCCAGCAUGAGGAGGGGCACGGAGGGCGUUGGGGCAGGUGGGAUCCCUCCCUUGGGGGCGGCAGCGACCCCCCCUCGGGGUGUCCUCGGGUCACCCCAGUUCUCUCCCUGCUCCCUCUCUCCCCCCCGGCAGGGUCCUUCCAUCAAGGGGGCGGCGGCCCCCCGAGACCCCCCCAGCCCCACAGAUCCCCGGGAAGCCCCACUGCUCGAGGGCCCCCCAGAGAUGAGACCUCUCCAGCUCCCCCAAAAGAGGCCUCUGGCCACGCCCAUCCCGGCCCGGCCCGGCAAUGCUGAAAGCCCCCAGGCUCUCUGUGAGGGGACCAAGCUCCCUGAAGGAGCUGCUGAGGUCAGAAGGGGCCGGGCUGCACCCCACUAUCCGUGGGGAGUGUGGGAAGGGCUUCAGCCGGAGCUCGGACCUGGCGCGGCACCGCAUCACCCACACUGGGGAGCGACCGUUCACCGGUGGCGCCUGCGGGAAGGGCUCCAGCCAGAAUUCCAACCUGGCCACACACCCGGGAGAAACCCUUCGGCUGCCAGGACUGCGGGAAGCGCUUCGGGGAGCGACGCACACCGGGGAGCGGCCGGACAGAUGCAGGGAAUGUGGAAGAGCUUCAGCGCCAGCUCCAACCUGCGGCGACACCGCCGGAACCGUGGCCGAGAGCGGCCCCACCUCUGCCCGGAGUGCGGGGACACUUUCUGGACCCCUGGCCAGCUCCGGAGGCACUGCAGGGAGCACGUGGUGUGAGGGGGAAGCGGGGUCAGCAUGGGGACAGCGACAUCUGGAUGGGCAUCAGGACACGUGGAUGGGGUUGGGACACAUGAAUGGGGAUAGGGACAUCAUGAUGGGGACACCAGGGUUGGGGAGGAGGGGGUGGGAUGGGGACAAGGACACCAGGGUUGGGGCACAAGGUGGAGAUGUGUUGGUUUGGCACAGCCUGGUUUUUGGCAAUAGGCGGGGGGGCACAGGGGUGGCUUCUGUGAGAAGCUGCUAGAAGCUUCCACCAUGUCUGACAUAGCCAGCUUCCCCUUCCCAGCACCCUGCAUGAGGAGAGGUGUUAAAUAGUGCCAGCACUGAUGGCAGCAGGGCUGCUUGGCCAACAGUGGAAGCACAACGAGCAACCCCUGAUGCAGAACCUAGACAAAAUCAACUUAGUGCUGCAGGAGCCUGCAGGAAUCUUUGAACUGGUGGAACUUGUUGGCAAUGGUACCUGUGGGAAGCAGUUUUUCUUCUAGCCAGAGAAGAGGAGGAAGUGAGAACAUGUGAGGGAAAACAAUAUGAUGGCACCAAGGUCAAUGGAAAAAGAGGGGGAGGAAUUGCUCCAAGUGCCAGAUCCAAGAUUCCUCUGCAGGCCAUGGUGAGGACUAUGUGAAACAAACUGUCCCCCUGUGAUGCACGCAGUCCACAGGGGAUGCAGAGAUCCACUCAGAGCCUGUGGGAAACGUGUUCAGGCUGGAGUGGGUGGAUGCCAGAGAAGGCUGUAAUCCAGUGGGAGACCUGAACAAAGAGAGAGGGCCCCUGCUUCCAGACACAGAGAGGGAGAGGACUCUUGCUUCCAAACUAGAACAGCCUGUUCUUAGAGCACUGCACCCCAUCCUUGCCACAACAGUUUUGGGACAACUGUUUGCCCAUGGGAGGGACCCCACAUCAAAGCAGAAAAAAGACUCCUCUCCCUGAGCAAACAGAAGAUCUCAAGUGAUGAAGUGACCAAAACCCCCAUGCCUGUAUCCCAGUGCUGUUGGUGGGAAGGAGGGAGGAAGAAAAAAGGUAUUGUAAAGGGCUUAUUUUACUUUUCCUUGUCCCCUUCUGACU